CCAGAAAAUGGAAGGCUGUACUGUGAGUGCUAGCUAGGUUGCCGAGCGACUCAAACCAUAGCUGGAAAAUAUAUAAAUUACAUCGAAGGUUCACAGCAAGAAACAUUGGGAUGACUCUUUACACACCCUAAACACAUUUGGUGUUUGCAGCUGUCUGCAUACAGUUUGCACAGGUUUGAACAGCGUGGCUUCCUUUAAAUGUCAGCAUGGACAUGAUGGACAACAGCAGUGUUGCUGAUGAUAAUAAUAAUUCAGACGAACGGCAGAUGCCCUCAGAAGAGGCCGAGUCAAGUGUUAGGCCGACCUUGUCACAGGUUAGAAAGUCUUGGGGGUUUCGACGAACAACCAUUGCAAGAAGGGAGUUCAUGGAGGAGGUUGGAGACCUAACCUACAGUCCUCCAAUUGUUCGACGAGGCAGAAAUCGUCGGACCAAUCAAACAGCAGCCCAGACCGCUACAGAGACCCCCACCACCCAGAAAGCUACUCGUACAGCAAGGAGUGUUAUUGAUGAACUUCAGUGGUCUGCCCCAUCCUCACCUGUCUCUGAGAAUAGCAAAACUGGUUCAGAAACUUCCGCAGGAGGCAGCCUUGAUCCCAGCUUAUGGCAGGAUUUUGGGUCUGCUUUCCACACUGCCUUCACACUGCUUGGGGGCAGUGAGGGCCUGUCACUAACAAUGUCAGAUGAACUGGCGGUUCCUGACAUUUUAGAAGCCACUGAAGCCAUUGAGUCUCCUAAUCCACAGGCUAUAGAUGAAACUGAGAUGGCUGAUAACAUUGAUGACAUGGAGAUUGCACAGCCAGUUGCUUCUGGCAAUGCAGAGGGAGAAGAGAUCCAUGAUGUGGUUUUAAUCUCAAGUCAUGAAGAGGAUAGUGAUGAAAUGACUUUGUUACAGAUUAAGGAACAGCUGGCUUCUAAUAGCAGACAGGAAGACUCCAAAGCUAGAGGAGGGAAAGGAGGAAAGGGAAAGGCCAGAGGAAAGGGGAGAGGUAGAGGAAGAGGUAGGGGCAAAGGUAGAGGGAGGGGUAGAGGAAAGGGGAGGGCUGUGGAGUUUCAGUCAACCAUUGCAGAUGAUAAGGACAGUGAUGAUGAUGUGGUGCUGGUUAAUUUAACUGAGCAACAGCAUUUACAAGAAGUGGAAAAAGAAACUGAUCCACAAAGUCCUCCUGAAAAAGAGGGUUCGGCUGCUCUCUUUGAUACAGCCCUAAGUCCUGCUCAGCAAUCAAACUCAGACUGCAUGAUCAUAGACAGUGACUUUGAUCAGAUUCCUGAGCUAACUCCCGGUCAGUUUGAUGAAGUGCCAGAGGAGGAGGAGAAGAAAGAUGCUAAAAAUACAGAAGAGUUUUCAAGGAUAUCACACAAUGAAGGAUAUGACUCAAAUGCUCUGUUCUGCAUCUGCAGACAGAAACAAGAUAAGAGGUUUAUGAUCUGCUGUGACAGCUGCCAGGAGUGGUUCCACGGUGAAUGCGUCGGUGUCAGUGAGACACAAGGCCAUCAGAGUAUGCAAGAGUACGUCUGCCCGCCUUGCACUAUAAAGAAACAAAGCCAGUCUGAGUCUCACCCUCAGCCAGACCCUGAGCUUAGCUUUCCUGAAUGCUUGACACAAAGUCCUGCUGUUGAAGAAGCACAAGAGGACCAGCGAGCAGUUAAGCAGACUGUGCUGGUAGAGGAGGAAACAGAGGAGGAGGAGCAAGAGCAGGCUAUUGAAGCAAGGCCAGACCCUGAUGCUCAACCUGAAGCUCAACCUGAGCCUGAGAUGGAUAGCUCUCUUCCCUUGUGCAUCGGACCUGGUUGCUCUAAACAAGCACUACCAGAUUCUGUUUACUGUGGUAAUGACUGCAUCCUUCAGCAUGCUGCUUUCACUAUGAAGACACUCUCUGGCCCUAAGGUGCCCAAAUCCAAAGGACGGGCACAGAGAAAAGCUUCCAUGUCAAGACCUGCUGCAAAGGCUCAAAGGUCAAGUCGGACAUCAAAGAGGCUAGCAGAAAAAGCUGAGCUGCGAGGUGAGGAGGAGAAAAAGGAGGAUGAUGGUGAGCAGGAGGCGGCUGCAUCUCCUGUCAUCUGUGACCCCAGUCUCACAGAAGCUCAGGCUACCUCCACACCAGCAUCAAACUUACACACAGCGUCUAAUAAGGACAGUGAACAGGUAGAGGCUGAGAAGGAAGCUGUAUCUCCUUCAGCACAAUCUCCAGAAGACCCUUCACUAGAUGCAAGUCUCCUUUCUAAACCUACCACUGAAGCAGCCCAGCCACAAAGCCACUGUGAAGAAGGAGCAAAGGAAACUGUAAACAGUGACUUGCCAAAGCAUCAGUCAUCAGAAUCAGAUCCCCUAAUAACACCCGCCCCAGAAAAAUCUAGCCCGACUCCAGCCACAUCGUCCCCAACCACCUCAGCGCGCAGACAUCAUGAGACUGGGGCUCUUAUGAUAACGAAGACCACAUAUGUUAUACCAAAGAAGCAGUCUGGAUCUCAGUCUCCAUCAAGCCACACAUUAGUCUCAGCAUCAUGCCAGAAGCUGUCUUCAGCCCCCACACCCCUGAAUGAAACCCGAAAUCUGCCGGUGCCACCCGCACCCAGUGCACCCUCCUCCAGGCCCUCUCAACCCAAUAACCAGGUCAGACAGAGUAUCCAGCGCUCUCUCACCAGCAUCCUGUUCAAAAGGGUGUGUGAAUGUGAGGAUUUGGAGAUGUCUGAGAGCGAAGCUGCAAAGCUUGUUGCAAGCAUUGAGAUGGAGAUGUUUGACAUAUUUCGCAACACAGACAGCAAAUACAUGAACAAGUACAGAACUAUAAUGUUCAACCUAAAAGACCCAAGAAACAAGGGCUUGUUAUACUGUGUGGUACAUGGCGAUAUCAAUCCUUUCAGACUAGUUAGGAUGAGCCAGAAGGAUAUGCAGGCUACCAAGGCACCUGAGCCAAGUGUGAAAGAAACAACAGUGGUUAAGGAUACAGCUGCUAAAAUAAGUUUGCCCAAGCCUGAAGCAGUUAAGGUUGAUUUACCCUGUUUGAAUCCUGCAAAAUCUGACAGAAAACCUGAUAGCAUGGAACAGAAGAGAAGUCUUCCUGCUCCUGCAGUCAAGCCCAGGGCAAGCCAAACAAGCCUGGCCAAUGCAGUGCCAGAUGUUCUUGCCUGCAUGCUAAAAGACACAACAUCAGAGCACAAAACUCAUCUAUUUGACUUAAAAUGCAAGAUAUGCACAGGCCAAAUGCAACCUAUGGAAGAGGAGGAACCUGCAAAGAAAAAAUCCAAGCUAUCUGUAUCCAGAGAUAAGCACGAACCAUCUUGGAGAAAGUCUGCAGGGGGUGACUCCCCACUUCUGGCACCACCUGACUCUCCUGACAUGGAUUCUCCAGCAUCCAACCUAUUGGACCCUUCAUCCCAUUUCAAUAUUGAUUCUGCUGCACUGACUAUAGUGGAAUCACCUGCUUCUCCUGUAAUGGAUUCUCCAGCCUCCCCCACUUUAGAAUCUCCUGCUUCUCCUACCAUAGAGUCCCCUGCAUCCCCAACUCCAGAUACCUCUAAAGCUACUGCACCAAAAAGACCAUAUAUACCAGUUUUGGUUCCACCUGUUUCCACGGUAACCAUUACACAGCGUCGUGAUCCCCGCACUGCAAACAGGUUCUCAGCUUCGUCUAGUAGCACCUUUGGUUCCAGUAACACAACUCAUAAACGGGCAGCUCCUUAUGCUCUUGUUAAAGAAAACAUUGCAUCGAACGUAGCAUCAUCACUACCACCAACCAAAACAGUACCUAAAUCCAUCUUAAUGAAGCCAUCUUCCACUGCUGAUCCCAGACUUUAUGGACCACGCUCGAGAACCGUGAUCUCUGAAUCUCCAGCUGAUGGUGAGACAACUCAGUUCCUGGCAAAGCAGGAAAUACUGUGGAAGGGUUUUCUAAACAUGCUCACUGUAGCCAAGUUUGUCACCAAGGGAUAUCUGGUGUCAGGAUCUCCUGAAAAUCUUAAAGCGGAUCUACCUGACACUAUACAAAUUGGAGGACGAAUCAUGCCUCAAACAGUGUGGGACUACGUUGCAAAACUAAAGACCUCAGUUACAAAGGAGUUAUGUGUGAUCCGGUUUCACCCUGCAACAGAGGAAGAGGAGGUCGCCUAUGUCUCCCUUUUUUCCUAUUUCAGCAGCAGAGGUCGUUUCGGUGUGGUCGCCAAUAGCAGCCGUUCCAUCAAAGAUGUAUACCUUGUCCCACUCAGUGCAAAGGAACCAAUCCCAUCUAUGCUACAACCUCUUGAAGGACCAGGACUUGAAAGAAACCGCCCCAAUCUUCUUCUUGGUCUAGCAAUCGUCCAGAAGGUCAAACGUCCAGGAAGUUUGCCACAGGAAAUGGAAGACAAAAGACCCAAAGUUCAUAUGUCCAAGGACCCUAUGUGGAUCCCAAAACCACCAGUCCUUUACGGUUCUGACAAAUUGGAGAUAUUCCAACCCUAUGAUCCAGAGACUCCUGCUAGUACCACCCCUCCUGGUUCACCAUCAUGCCCUGGGUCACCAACAGACUCUUCCUCCUCUGGCUCAGUCACCAUACCAUCUCUAUUAACUUCUGUUAAAGCGGCACCUUAUGUUUCUACCUCAGCCACUAUUGCUGCAACACAGUCCACCUUUAACAGCAGCUCUGAUAAAAAUCCCAUUAUUGCAUCCAGUGAUAAGACACCACUACAGACAAUCUUGAGUACCUUGUUUCGUAGUAAUCAGGCUGACUCCACUGUCUCUGAUGGACGUUCUACAAAAACAACAGUAACUGUUAAGAAGAACCCAGUGCUUUCUGGAUCAGUGGUGGAUCCAAUUGUCCAACAGUAUGGACACAAAACCAAAGCCAAGGAGAUUGAAGAUGAAAAUGACUUUGACCGACCAUAUGACCCAGAGGAAGAAUAUGAUCCAGCAAUGGGAUAUGCAACCGUUGCUCCACAGACCACAGAAAAAAUUAAAGCUUUAUCAAGCUUUGUGGAAGAUGAUGUGGCCUAUGAUCCAGAGGACGACACUAUCUUUGAAGAUAUUCAAAGUAAUACUCCUGUAGCAAAGCCCCCUGUUACAACUCAAACAUUUGAUUCUCCAUCAUGCCCAGUGACGGUUUCCACUUCUUCCCCAGCACAAACUUCUGCUCCAGUUGCAGUCAUGCCACAACUCCCUACGGGCACAGUGGUUGUCUCAGCUGCAACACUAAGUGAACAACAGAGGAUGCUUGAGGAACUCAAUAAACAAAUUGAAGAGCAAAAACGGCAGUUAAAAGAGCAGGAGGAAGCACUACGUCAGCAGAGAGAGGCUGUGGGAAUGUUCAUGGCUCACUUUUCUGUUUCGGAUUCACUUAUGUCUCCCCCACAAAAAUCUUUGCCGCUUAACCAACUGUCCUCUCUGCAGAAAGGUAUUAUAAAAACAGAGUCAAAAUCUUCAGAAACAACAGACAAGGCUACCCCCCUUACAGAGACUGUGGACAAUUCAAAUUUGGAUUCACAAGCUGUGAAAGUAGAAGACGCAACACCUGUCAAAAAUUUAGGAAAUGAUACAGAUGGUGUUGCAAAGCAAGAUGAAACACAGAAAGGUGUGGAAUCUGACAAAUAUUCAUCUGCUGGAGAGAUUGAAGAUUCUGAUGUAGCUUAUGAUCCUGAGGAUGAAUCACUUUUCAAUGAAAUUCAAGAUGAUGUUUUUAAGGGGGGAACUGUAACAACUAUGGACUCUGUGUCUAGAGCAAGGUAUGGUGGCUCUCACAAGGGUAUGUCUCCAAAUUCAUACCACAGUAGAAAACGAAGGUCAUCACCAAAAAAGCGGAGUCAUCGGGAAAGGGACCGCCACAGAAGUCCUUCAAGACAGUCACAGCAUCGUUCUCGUUCUCGGUCCCGAAGACGCAGAGAAAAGGAUAGACACAGAAAGAGUGAAAGAGACAGGUCAAGACACAGAGUUAGAGAUCCAUCUGAACGGCAGGGACGCCAUCGCAAAGAUCAUACCACACGCCGGCAUUCUCUUGGGCGUAGAAGAUCCCCAUCUUCUUCUAGAAAAACAGAAUCUGUGUCAGUUUCACCAAAACUGAACAGAGGACCCUUGCCUCAGGUCCCUGAGAAAUCAAAACAUGCAAGUGUUCCAUGCAGUUCUCUAGACUCUGCUGGACAAUUUGAAGAGAGUAACAUAUCACAUGUUACAAUCAAAAGUGAUCCAGAUGGACAAAAAUCAGAGUGUAAUCAUGUUGAGAGCUCUGAAAAACACUCACACGAACCUCUAUGUAAUGUGAAGCUUGAGAUUUCCGAACCACCAAAAUUUCAGGAGCUUCAAAAGAUUUCACUGAGUGACCAUGAUAUGACACAGCAAAAUAAACUCUAUAAACAGGACAAUUUGUUUCACAGCAAACUUGACAGUACAAUUCCUCUUAGAGAAAUUGAUCCACCUAUUCGAGAUUCUCCCCAAAGCCCAGAUCCAGAACCACAGUUUGUGAAACCUAGCAGCAUAGAAAAGAAUGACUCUGUUAGAACUGAUGAAGUCAGCGAUUCAAGGGAAGAUAUUAGAGUCUUUGAAAAUAAUUGUUUGCCAAUUUGUGGUCAAGCAAUGGUGUCUGUUGGAGAUGUGAUCUCAAAUAUUAAAAGCAUGGAUUUUAGAGCAUUGAAUCUGAAAGCUUUUGGUGCCAAGGGACAAGGUCUGACAGAGACGCAUAAUGAGACACUAGCAGACAAUCCUUGCUUCAAGCAUUCAGAAACAAAGGGUCAAGAGGGAGGAUAUUCAAAUCCAAGUACAAUCUUAGGAAUGAGAGAACAAGGUAUUCAACAUCAAAAUACUGUAAUAACUGGUUCAUGGCCAGCCUUGAGAGAUUCAGAAAUGAGAAGUGAAGCACUAGAUAGUAAUAAUGCUGGUGUGCCUUUUAUUUCUGGUGUAAAUCCAGAAAUAAAAUGCCCAAGUCCUGAUGUUACACAAAAUAUUGUACCUACUGUUACAAAUUUGUAUAUGGGAGAGGCAAGCCUCCAGCGCAAAAGACAAGUUAACAUCAUGAAGGGCCCUUUGUCUGACAGAUCUGCACCUGGUAAUGUUGGUCCAGGUCCAAGGGAUUCUUUAUCAGCUGUGUAUCAUCUAAAUACAGAUAUGAGCGGGCUGUUUGAAGUUAAUGAGAGAAACCAAAAUGUUAGUUGUGUGCAGGAAGGUUUACAGUGUCCAAAGACAAAUGAACAUAGAUCAGAGCCAGAAAACAUAGAUAUCAGGAAAGAUGUGAAAAAAAUGGGAACAAAGCAGUCAUUUGGGGGUCCACAGGUAGAAGCUAUGGCUCCAGAUAGUAGUGGAGGUGGUAGAGGACAAAAAGAUAAAGAUGAAGGUCAGAUUUUUAGAUCUGAUGUAAGUAGUGGGAUAAGGGAAUCAGGUCCAUUGUUUAUGGGCUUAGGAAGACCUCCAAAGACAACACAUGAUGGCAGUAUGGCUUUUGAAGAAAGGUGCCCCCGUAAAAGUACUCUUCAGCCACAUGGCACAAAUGCAGAUUUUGGCAAGCUUGGUGGCAGUCAUGCAGAUGCAGUUAAUUCAAACAUGUUGAAUUCAGAUUGGACAGGUCAAGGACUAAGGGAUAAGGAGAAUCAAAAUAAACAUAUAAGUGCUCCAGAUUGGAAUGGCCCAGGAUCAGACAUAAGAGAUCAUUGGAGAGGGUCAGAUUCAGUCAGGGAAGCACCAUUGGUACAAGAUGAAUGGAGUGUCCAUUUGUCUGAUAGAAGAGGUUCAAACAUGGAAAGCCAGGGACCUUACACGGGAGGGAGUGGAGGCCCAGAAUUCGGACAACCAGGGGCUGAAAUGAGAGGUCCAAACAUGCAGUAUCCAAAGCUUAAUAGUGGAGGACCAGAGGACUCACACCUCAUGGAAGAAGGACUUGAAAGGAUAGACCCCAUUAUAGACAAUCAAGGACCUGACUUAGGAAUACCAGGGGCUUCAGAUUUUGUGGGACCAGAACCUAAAAGAAGAAGUGUAGCCAUGGAGGUUGCUGGACCUGACAAAAGAGGUCCUGUGGGUCCACAUUUUAGAGGAUUAGGACCUGAGAAAAAAGGUCCACAUAUGGAGCAAAAAGUACAUGACAUCAGGGGUCCUGGCGGUCCAGAUUUCAGGGGAACCUGGGGUGAAAGGAUGGGUCUGGAUAUGGCUGGUCCAGGGUCUGAUAGUAGAGGUCCAGGAAUUGAAAGGAGAGAUUCCAUGGAGGAUCCUGGGACUAAUAGGAGAGGGGCUGGGUGUCCAGAAUUUAAAGGACCAGGGCAUGAGAGGGAAAGUAUGUCUAUCGAAGGUCCUGGACAUGAGAAUAGACGACCUGGAGGUCCUGGGUUCAGGGGACCAGGACCUAUAGAAGGUUCUGGGCCCGAGAGAAGAGGACCUGGAGGUCCUGAUAUCAGCAGGCUAGGGUCUAAUUGUAGAGGUCUUGCUAUGGGGCCUGGCAGAGUUUCACAAGGUCCAGAUUUUAGUGGGCCAAUAAAUGAAAUACCAAGUUUUCCUAUGCAUAGCCAAGAACCUGAAAGGAGAGGACCUGGAGAAAUAAACACAAGUGGACAGGGUCCUGACAGGAGAGGUUCACAUAUUGGUGUUGCUGGGCCUGAAAGAAUUGGUCCAGGUGUGGGAGAUCUAGGGCCUCACAACAGAGGACGAGGUGGACCACAUUUCAGGGGUCGUGGAAAAGAAGUUGGGUAUCAAAAUAUGGAGAUUCCAGGGCCUCAUAGGAGGGGUCCAGAAUUUGGUGCACAGCGGGUGGAAAGGCCAGGUUCUGAUGUGGAUCCUGGGCCUGACAGAAUAGCUCUAGUAGGUCCAGACUACAGUGAAAAAAGAUAUCCAGAUAUGGAGGGCUCAAGACCAGGUUGGAGAAAAUCAGAUGGCCCUGAUUUAAGAGUUCCAGGCUACAAACAUGAAAGUUCAAAUACUGAAGAUCCAAGACAUGGGGGAAGGGAUGACUGGGUAGCGUGUGAACCUAUUCAAGAAAACCCAGAUUACCAUGCCCCAGAACCUGAUAGAUUGGGCCAGAGCUUUAGAGGUCGAAGGCCUAUGAGGAAAAACAUUAGAAGACCAGGGCCCGGCUUCUGGGGUUCUGCUCCUGAGAGGAGAGGGCCAGACACAGAGGAACAAAGGUUAGAUGAAAGAAGGACCAAUAUAGAAUUCUUAGGACAAGACAGAGAAUGCUCAGUGGAUGACUGGGAAACAUAUGCUAGUAGAGGAUUUGGACCUAUCCAAGAGGGUCAAGAUGAACAGGACCAAGAAGAUAUUAAUCAAGGCCUAUUUAGUGAAUGGAGAGGCCCUGAAAGUAGUGGACCAGGUCCCAUGCAGAAUAGACCCAGUAUGUUAUUUCAAGGACCUGUAAGGGGUCGUAGACAUAACUGGAAUGCUCCUGGCUGCAGAAGUGCAGGGCCUGUUGAAGAAAAUCCAGAUAUGGUAUGCCCAGGGCCAAGUAGGGGAGGUCAUGGAAAUGAUUGGACAGAGCUUGAUAGAGAGGGUGCUGGGGAAUUCUUUACAGGAGAAAGAGAUCUAGACAAUAGAGGACAAGACAGAAAAGCAGGGCCAGGAUCACAUAUGCACAAUCAUCCAGAUAUGAGAAAUGACUGGAGGCUGCCAAAUGUCAGGGGAAAAAUGAGAGGGCCAAACAUUGAAGGGCGUGGGGCUCUCAGAGGAGGUCCAGGCCUGAUGAAUUCAUGUCUAAACAGGAGGCAAUUUGAGAUGGAAGGCCCUGAUAGAAGACCUCCAGCAGGUCGAGAUCUAGGACCCCCAGGACCUGCAAACAGAAAUCUAAGCAUUGAAGCUCCAAGGUGUGAUGGGAGAUUUUCAGAUAGUGGUGAUCUAAGAUCUGAAAGGCAUAAUGUAGAACCUGAAAAUCCUGAACCAGGUAGACAAGGAUUUGAUUUCAGAAGGGAAAGUAGAGGUCCAAAAAUGAGAAGUUUGGGGCCCAAUAAAACAGACAGCAGGGGGCCAUCACCUCAGCGUUCAGAUUUUAGAAAUGGACCUGGUAGGUGGGGUGACAACACUAGGUCUGAGCCAGAUCCAAAUAAUGACAUGCAGGUGUCAGAUAUAAGGGGGGCAGGUUAUGUUAGUAGGGGCCCAAAUAUAAGGGGGAGAGAUCCCAGGCAGAGAGGUCAUACACCCAUUAAUGAACGAAGAGGUCCUCGUCCCAUUGCAAGAUUCCAACAUCCUGGAGAUCAACAUUUGGCACAGUUUAAUAGGCCCCGUGGCCCAGGUCCAAAUAGCGGAGGAAAACCAUUCCCUGGUUUUGAAAACCCACAAAAUCAGCAAGCCAUAAGACCUCAAAGACACAGAGGUGCCUUACUUCCCACUCCAAAAGAAGGUCUCAUACGUUUCCCCAAAAUAUGAUUGCUUGGAUUUUGGCAUGAAACUAAAACACAUUUCCAACAGACAGAGCGGAGUAGAUGUAGGUAAAUUGAUAACAUGUAAAGAAUGGGUAAAACCUGCUUGUAAGAAAGAAGAAAGAAAAUAGCACACCUGAAGGUCCAAUCAUAAGGGAAAAAGAAACAAAGGAUAAGGUCAAUUUGAAUGAAAAAAUAAUAAUGGGUUUCAGAAUUAAAAACAAACAAACAAUUAACCUCUAUUAUCAGUGUUGGAAAUUAAAGCAAUGGUGAGCCAGAUUAGUCACUGGGAAAAACAUGCAGACCUUUAAGGACCUAAAGCUGAAGAAUCAGACAUCUAAAAUUGCUUAGCAUUGUUAGACUUGACAGAAAUACCUUAUCAUAAUGCCCAAUGAAUGUAUUUCUUUUCUCACUGAGACUGACUACCCAUGUGCUUGUUAAAUUUUAAUAUGACAUACAGGCAAAGCCAUGCAAAAAAUCCAACUUUGUAACUUGAUAGAAAAGUGCUCAGAGAUUACCAUUUAAGUUUAUUGUGUUGUAGUUUUUCUGUUUUCAAAGUAGAUGCUUUUAUUAUUGUUUUUUUGAUUAUUAGUAAAAGUCCUGCUAAAUAUAAUUUUCAGUUGUAAAUUUAACUUUAUUUGUAUUUGUAGAUUGACAAAGUCAUAAAUGUUUUGUACAGAAAAUGUACAGUUUUUUUUCUGUGUUUGUUUUUUUUAAUAGCCAGACUGUCAAUAUGGUAGCUCUCAUCUUCUUUUAUGUAGUUCUGUUGGUUAAAAAUGACCCGUUCCAUUUCUUUUAGAAUGCAAGAAGUCAAUAAAGUAACACACUUUAUAUGAAGUCUUAUUUUGUCACAUUUAGAUUGAUAGCUUAAAACCAGUUAAUUUAACAAGCAAAUCUCAUAUCAAAGAAAAGUGACAGUUUUACUACCUUUAUGGCAAUAAAUUAUUCUGAGACAUAAAAGCUGGAUUAUUUUAUUUAAAUACAAACUGCUAAAACUAUUCGGUGAAACAUUUCAGAUCUUCUGAUCACUGUAAAGAUUACUCAUGACUCUGAGGUAUUAAUUGUUACUGGUUGUCUUGUAAAGUGGGUGCUGAUUCACACACACACAAUGGAUUCAAACUUCAGGCAAAUUAAGGCAAUACUUAAUUCGUUUUUAGGUUUUCGAGGCCUCUUGCUGGGUAGUGUGGAAAUCACAAUAUGCGAAAGUGGGUCUACAUAUUUUCUGUAACCCUCCACAUGUAUAAAACUUGUAUUGCAGGAGUCUAGUUUAACUCAAGCAUUGUUACUGCUGUUCUGUUGUUUUCUGUCAUUUUACUUAGGAUUAAUUUCUCUGUUUUCCAUAGUAGUGUUAUUCUCAGGUCUUAAGAGAUAAUCUGUAUAAAGUUUGAACUGCAACUGGAAAUAAUUUUUUAUUUAAAAUAAAUAAGGAAGUCAUUACAGUUUUUGCAAUGUGAA